AUGAGUUUUGGGUACGAGUAUAGAGUCGACGAAGCUCAUGAAGCACAAGAGUUUUUGAGGUAUAUCCCAACUUUGGCAAAACCUUCAGAAAUCCCCGAAUCUUUGGAAGCAGAUAAAACAAUAAUUCAUACUGGGUCUGAAGUAGACAGUAAUUCCGAUAGCUGUUCAGUAGUUUCCUGUGAUGACACAUACCCGUCGCGAAACCACGUUGAUGAAAAUUCCGGUUCGGAAUUCGAAGACGAUUCCCCUCUUGCAACGUUAUCAAUGUAUUCAGCGAAUCCUUCAUAUCCUAACUCUCCAGUAAAAAGAGACUUCUUUUCAACUGAAUACGAAUCCAUUGUAGACCGUGUUAAUAAGAGCAAUAUAACUGAUAAAGUGACGAGCUCUUCAAAAAGACUGUUCAAACGAAAUAGGGAUCUCUUAGCAAGGCAAUUCCUUCAUGCUUUAGACAAGGAAGUCUUUCAUGAUAAAAUUUCUGAGUCGGCCCUUGAUAAUGAAGUUAAAGUAUCGUGGUCCAAGUCCUUCAAUACUACGGCAGGAAGAGCUACUCUUAAACAACCACGGUCAAGGACCUUCCUUGGUCAACGUGUUCAAGCGUACAUUGAGCUUUCAGAAAAAGUCGUUGACUGUGAAUAUAAGCUUUAUAAUACCUUAGCACAUGAGUCGUGCCAUUUAGCUUGCUGGUUAAUUGACAAAGAAAUGCAAUCUCCUCAUGGAGCAUGUUUUAAGGCUUGGGCAAAACGUUUGAUGAACAAGUUCCCAUCAAUUGAAGUAACCUCAAAGCACAAUUAUGAUAUUGAUUAUAAAUACAAAUGGCUUUGCAUGAAUGAGGCUUGUAACAAACUGUACCAAAGGCAUUCUAAGUCUAUUGAUCCGAAGAGGCAUGUUUGUGCAAUUUGUAGAACUGGACUUCUUCAAAUUGCUCCCGUAGCUAGGCUUCUUAAUCCCUUCCAGCUUUUUAUGAAGGAGAAUAUGGGAAAUAUAAAACGACAAUAUCCUACAUUGUCACACAAAGAAAUAAUGCACAAAGUCGCUUCUGAAUAUCGACUCGCUAUGUCAAUCGAUUCCCAGAAAUCAGACUCUCCUGGUUUCCUUAAUGUGAUGCAGAAAUUUGAUGAUCUAUCAUUAAAAAAUAAAAAGAAUGUGAUGAUUCAUGCUGAAAUAUAA